GUUAGCAUGCUACAUUGGGAUUGGUUCGGUUUACGUCGUAUUCAUUUCCGGCAUAAUUCAAGAAUGUAUAGAUGCCGAAAAAGCUAUCAGUCAAAGCUACUACGCGCUCAUGAUAUUUCCACUUCUUUUUGUAAUGAACAUGGUAAAGAAUUUGGCGGACAUCGCACCGAUUUCUAUUGUCGGAAAUAUUUUGCUCAUCACCGCUGGGCUUAUUGGAAUCGUGUACGCUUUGAAAGAUGGAAUUGGCGACGAGUGGACCACGAUUGGACCGCAUGUAGACUUAUAUCCAAAGUUCAUCGGCUUGGUUUUCUUCAGUAUGUGUUCGCCGGGAGUGAUUUUGGCGAUAGAACAUAGUAUGAAAAAACCUUGGAAUUACGUUAAAAUGUGUGGAGUAUUGAAUUGGGGCAUGAUAUUUUUGAUCGUAAUACACAUUUUCGUCGGAUCUAUUGGUUAUUUGAAAUGGGGACCAGCUGCGCUUGGCAAUUUUAUUCGUAAUCACGAGAUUCUCGACGGACCGACGUUAACGGCUCUGAUAAUGCAAGCGCUGGCAAUAUACUUCACAUAUGGAUUGCAGUGUUACAUGCCUAUUAGAAUUUUGAAUUACAACUACGCCAUACCAGCCAUUGAAAAAGGUAUCUUCAAAGGAACACCAUUCCUCUGGGAUCUGAUCAUUCGUUUCGGAAUCACCUUCAUUACGUGUAUUCUGGCAGCGGCGAUUCCGAAGCUCGAUCUAUUUACCGGUUUGGUCGGCGCUAUAUGUAUAUCCACAUUGGCCACGCUGAUCCCGGUUAUCUUGUACAUUCUCGUACAUCACGAGGAUUUCGGAAAGUUUAAAUGGAGACUGAUUCUGGGGAUCUCCAUGUUUUCUAUUACUUUUAUCGCGGCCGUGUGUGCUGUAACGACUAAUUUGAUCUUAAUCGUGAAAUAUUUUAAAUACGGGGAUUGAAGCCGGAGCGACGGCGGUGUUAUCUUAAUCUAGUCUCUGUUCGUAGUCCGCAGCCCGAUGAAAAUACCGUCGGCGCGCCUCGUACCGUUUUCCAUUUUUGUCUUUGGGUGCAGCUCUAAAGCCGUCACCGUUUACGCGCGAUUCAGCCUAAUCACGGCAACUGCGCGGCGGCGGCGGCGGCGGCGGCGGCGGCGACGGCGACGACGACGGCGGCGGCUGGAAAAACCGCGAAAAAGGCGUGAAGCUCGUGAGGGACAAAAAGCGAGGAGAGCCAGAAAAAAGGAGAGAGAAAAGAGGGAAUACGGCGAGAGAAGCGCGCACUGACGUAUAAUCGCGUCAGAUCACCGAGGCGGC